UGGCAGGUCAUCAAAGGCGUCCUCUUCAGGAUCUUCAUCAUCUGGGCCAUCAGCAGCUGGUUCCGCCGCGGGCCGGCGCCGCAGGAACAGAACAGUGCGAGUGGGACGCCACGAGCCCCGAGUCGAAACCUCUUCCCCAAGGACACUUUGAUGGAUCUCUACGUUUAUAUCUCGGAGCACGAGCACUUUACAGACUUCAACGUCACCUCGGCGCUCUUCUGGCAGAAGCGGGAUCUUGUCUACGGGGACUGGACAAGUGGGGAGAAUGCUGAUGGGUGCUACGAACACUAUGGGGAAGUCGACAUUUCGCAGAGUGUCCAGCAGAAUGGCUCCAUCUACAUCCACGUGUACUUCACGAAGAGUGGCUUCCAUCCUGACCCCAGGCAGAAAAAUCUGUACAGGCGCCUCGCCACAGUCCACACGUCACGAAUGAUCAACAAAUAUAAGCGCCGGCGGUUCCAGAAAACCAAGAACCUCCUGACGGGUGAGACAGAGGCAGACCCUGAAAUGAUCAAGAGGGCGGAAGACUACGGUCCCGUGGAGGUCAUCUCGCACUGGCACCCCAACUUGACCAUCAACAUGGUAGAUGACCACACACCCUGGGUGAAGGGCAGUGUGCCACCCCCGCUGGACCAGUAUGUGAAGUUUGAUGCCAUCAGUGGUGACUACUACCCUAUCCUCUACUUCAACGACUACUGGAACCUGCAGAAGGACUAUUUCCCCAUCAACGAGACCCUGCAGCGCCUGCCCUUCCGCCUCUCCUUCUGCCCGCUCUCCCUGUGGCGCUGGCAACUCUACGCUGCCCAGAGCACCAAAUCCCCCUGGAAUUUCCUGGGAGAGGACCUCUAUGAGCAGUCAGAUGAGGAGCAGGACUCUGUGAAAGUUGCUCUUCUGGAGACGAACCCCUACCUGCUGGCGUUGACCAUCAUCGUCUCCAUUGUGCACAGCAUCUUUGAGUUCUUGGCCUUCAAAAAUGACAUCCAGUUUUGGAACAGCCGGCAAUCUCUGGAAGGACUCUCUGUCCGCUCCGUCUUCUUUGGCGUCUUCCAGUCCCUCGUCGUCCUCCUCUACAUCUUGGACAAUGAAACCAACUUUGUGGUGCAAGUCAGCGUCUUCAUUGGGCUCCUCAUUGAUCUCUGGAAGAUCACAAAGGUCAUGGACGUCCGGCUGGACCGUGAGAACAAGGUGGCAGGAGUGUUUCCCCGCGUAACCUUCAAAGACAAAUCGACCUACAUUGAGUCUUCCACGAAGGUGUACGACGAUAUGGCUUUCCGGUACCUCUCGUGGAUUCUCUUCCCCUUGCUGGGCUGUUAUGCCGUGUACAGCCUGCUCUACCUGGAGCACAAGGGCUGGUACUCAUGGGUGCUGAGCAUGCUCUACGGCUUCCUCCUGACCUUCGGCUUCAUCACCAUGACUCCCCAACUCUUCAUCAACUACAAGCUGAAGUCUGUCGCCCACCUGCCUUGGCGGAUGCUGACCUACAAAGCCCUCAAUACCUUCAUCGAUGACCUCUUUGCCUUUGUCAUCAAGAUGCCCAUGAUGUACAGGAUAGGCUGCCUGCGGGAUGACGUCGUCUUCUUCAUUUACCUCUACCAACGCUGGAUCUACCGCGUGGACCUCACACGUGUCAACGAAUUUGGCGUCAGUGGGGAGGACCAG